GUAAAGGAUCGCGGCAACGGCGGCGGCGGCGGCGGAGGAUCGCCGGCCUGUCGGGCGGCCUCGGGAACAGCGAUGACGCGUUGGCGCCUAUUGGCUGGGAGUACCAGAAGAUGUAGUUGCAACAGUGGAUCAUUUGGAUUGAAGAUAAUGAAUAAAAUUAAUCAGGAACUGUGCUGCUUAUCAUCUUGUUUUGUGAGAGAUUCCCUGUAGCCUUUGAUAAGCCACCAGAAAAGGACUACUAAUCAUCAUGAAGUUGAAGCAACGUGUAGUACUUCUGGCAAUUCUACUCGUCAUCUUUAUUUUCACAAAGGUUUUCCUCAUAGACAACUUGGACACAUCAGCAGCCAACCGUGAGGACCAGCGCGCCUUCCAUCGCAUGAUGACGAGUCUACGGAUUGAAUUAGACCCACGACUUGAUCACACACUGCAGUCUCCUUGGGAGAUUGCAGCCCAGUGGGUGGUGCCACGUGAAGUGUACCCAGAGGAAACACCAGAACUGGGGGCAGUGAUGCAUGCUAUGGCUACCAAGAAGAUCAUCAAAGCAGAUGUGGGCUAUAAGGGCACCCAGUUGAAAGCACUACUUGUGCUAGAAGGUGGACAGAAAGUAGUCUUCAAACCUAAGAGAUAUCCCAGAGACUAUGUAAUAGAAGGAGAGCCAUAUGCUGGCUAUGACAGACAUAAUGCAGAGGUGGCAGCCUUCCAUCUAGACAGAAUCUUAGGCUUCCGGCGGGCUCCGCUCGUGGUUGGUAGGUUCGUGAACCUCCGCACAGAAAUCAAGCCUGUUGCCACAGAACAGUUGCUUAGUACUUUCAUGACUUUAGGUAAUAAUACUUGUUUCUAUGGGAAGUGCUACUACUGCCGGGAAACGGAACCAGCUUGUGCUGAAGGAGAUUCCAUGGAAGGAUCACUCACUCUUUGGCUCCCAGAUGUAUGGCCUCUUCAGAAACAUCGACAUCCAUGGGGCAGGACAUACCGGGAGGGCAAGUUAGCCAGAUGGGAAUAUGAUGAGAGUUACUGUGAUGCUGUAAAGAAGACCUCACCCUAUGAUUCAGGCCCACGGCUUCUUGACAUCAUUGAUACAGCCAUCUUUGAUUAUCUGAUUGGGAAUGCUGACCGACACCAUUAUGAAAGUUUUCAGGAUGAUGAAGGGGCCAGUAUGCUUAUUCUACUUGACAAUGCCAAAAGUUUUGGAAAUCCUUCCCUGGAUGAGAGAAGCAUCCUUGCACCUCUUUAUCAGUGUUGCAUUAUCAGAGUCUCCACAUGGAACAGGUUGAACUAUAUAAAGAACGGAGUCCUGAAGUCUGCCUUAAAAACUGCUAUGUCUCAUGACCCUAUUGCACCUGUGCUGUCUGCCUCCCAUAUGGAUGCCCUGGACCUACGACUUCUGAACAUCUUGGCUACAAUAAAGCAAUGUACAGAUCAAUUUGGGCCAGACAUUGUAUUGGUGGAAGAUAGAAUGACACUUUCCCAUUUGUAGCUUUAAGAGAAACUGAUGGGGAUUAUUUUUUAAAAGUAAUAAAUAGAAAACAGCACAACUGGUUCUGCAUGGCUAUGGGCAGGAUAAACUGGAAUUAAAUAACAGAAUUUCUGCAUCAGAAGAGAAACAAUUGUAGUUUGAAAGCGCUGUUGAAGACAAGAAAGUUCCCCUUGGGUAGCCCUAUAUCUUUUUGUUUUUCUUCUUGGAUUCCAUUGCUGGCAGUGGAUGUUGCACUGAGAGCUCUCUUGGGAUUUCCUGUGAAGAGAUAUGGGUAUUGGGACACUUAAUACUGUACAUGCUUGUUCCAGAAAAGAUCUUAUUCUUCUAACCGAUUCCAAGUACAAUCUUAAUAUUUUAGUCUAAUUCAGGGUUUUAAAGAAUACGCUAUCUAGGCAUCCAUACUGGCCAUUUAAAAAGAAAAAAGAAAAGUGAUGGAGGGGGUAAAGGGCAAAUGUGAUACUGAAGAGAUUUACUGCCUCUCCUGAUAGAUAUACAUCCAUGCAUCUGUUGCUAAAAUUUUCUAAAGGACUUCACAAGGGAAUGUAUAAUUGUGUUCGGUGUUCUGUUAAAUCCAAAACUGCUGAAGGAAAAGGACUGUUCUAGAUUACUGUUGAAACCUGUUGUUCAUCUACAAGGCUGAAAUUACUCAGGCCUGCACAAUGCUGCAAAGUCCUAACCAGAGAUUUUUGUGCAAAUCAUUGUGUUCUCAAAUGUGAGGGUUCUUGCUGCCUUGAACCCAAUAUUUCUCCUACAAAGUGGAGCUUGAGCCAGUACUUUAUGUCCUGUCAGUGCUGUAGAUUUAAAUAAACAAACAAAUGGGAUUUGUUGCUAAACUUCUGAUCUAAAUUGAAAAUCUAAGAAGACAUGAUGAGUGCCUGUGGAAGGAAAAACAAUGUUUUAUCCACUACUGUAAGGCAGUUGCAGGUGCUACGCUGUCAGGCAUUCAGGAUUGUCUGUCAUUUUCAAGGUCUGAGCUGAACUAAAGAUAUUUUUAGAUGCAUAUCUUUUGUUUUUGUUUUUUGAUCCAAGUUGUGAUUCCAUAGUUUUGUGACCAUUAGCAGGAAUUGUAAUUUAUGUUUCUAGCUUCAGGAAAUUUAUGUAUCUUGGUUUUGAUUCAUGCACCUGAUAGUCCUGCCAAAGAUAUUGGAGGGAAAUGUGUGGAAAACAAUUUUGUACAUUAACUCCAAUGUUUAAUGCCCUGAACUAUUAUUCACCAAACUUGUAUUGGAAACCUCAGAGAUUUUCUAUGAUAGAUAAUGUUUCUGACAGCUAUAUCCUGGAUGUCAGUUAAGAGGAAUUUAAAGACAGGGUCCAAAUGUUUAUCAAUUACUUCUAAUUGUUUUUAAAAUCAGUUUGGACAUGCUUCCUCUUUUGAAAAUAGACCCUAAUGCCCAUAGGUACAAAAAGUAAUGUUAUCAUGUUUGCAUCUAUUUCAAUAAUUUCCCUUACACUGCAGCAUUUUUAAGGCUCAUGUUUUCAGCCUAUGCCAGUAAUUGUCUUAAGAUGGUUGCCUAAACUAUCAGUUGGCUUAAUGCCAAAUCCUAUUGAUAAUGUUAUACUACGGGUGUCAAACUGGCAGCCUGUGAGCCGGAUGCAUCACACGCAGGGCAUGCCCAACCCGGCUCUGCAAAGGCAAAAAACAUUGCAAUACGUUAUGUGACGUGAUCAAGUUUUACACCCGUGUAUUAUGCCUACUUUAACAAAAAGAACUUUCAAAAUAAGUUGAUUUUUAUCAGACUGGUUCAGCUAAAUGUCUCAAAUUACAGGAACGGUAACUUGAUAAUGGUUAAUAGUUGCUAUUAUGAGGGUCACCAGCUUCAGACUUUCUAUCAAAUACCCCCCAAUUAUGUCUGGCUAAAAGGUUUUUUUUGUAGGUGCAUAGUAAGUGUACAAUCACAAUGAAUCUACACCUGGAAGAUACUGUUGGGGAGGAAAACAUCUUGCUGGUUGAUUGAGACUUUCCAAAUAACUUCAUGUUUCCUUUAUAUGCUAUUUUAAGAAUAAAGAAAGUGGAAGAGACAUCCUGUGCUCGAACAGACAGUAGGCUAUCUUGCAUCUGAAGAACUGGAACUGUUGCUAAAAAAGAAAAUAAAUAAUUUAUUAAGAAGUAACUUAUUCAUAUGGCAGCUGAAACAAAAUGUUCACCUUGAAGCUGCCAGAGACUUGCCUUUUGGAGUGGAUACGAGUAGAAGCUGUUGGGAAAAGGGAAAAUGAAUCUCAGUUUUGCGUUUCCCAAGGAUCAGGCUAUGCAUAGAUAAGUAUUAUGUGAAUAAAGAUUUUAAUAACAUGACCUUA